AUGCCCGAGAACGAGGAGGCUUUGCCCGACUUUGGCGACCAUGUCGACAUGGGCACAUUCUCUCAGAUCUUGGAGAUGGACGAGGACGAGAGCGAGCGCGAGUUCUCCAAACCUCUGGUCCUCAACUUCUUUGAGCAGGUUGAGGAGACCUUCGAGAAGAUGGAUACGGCCCUUGCCGAGAAGGACUUGAACGAGCUGUCCAGCCUAGGCCAUUUUUUGAAGGGAUCCUCGGCUACUCUUGGCUUCAACAAGGUUCGAGACAGUUGCCAGGUCAUCCAACAGUACGGCCACAAGCAAACGCUCGACGGAACUGACGAGCCCGAUGAGGAGGUCUGCCUCAGCAAGAUUACCGAUGCUCUCAAGACAGUCAAGGUCGAUUUUGCCGAGCUCGAGAAGGAGCUGAAGGUUUUCUUCGGUAGCGAGUCCGAAACCAACGAAGAUUGA